AUGGCUAAUGAGCCUCCCCUGAUUCACUUGUGGAACCACCCCCACUCCAUUAUUUCAACGAUAGCAUUUCCGCACAGAAAGCUGCUCUUUGCGGGGACACAAGAUUCAAAGAUCUUGUGUUUUGAUCUUUGCACGUACAAUUUGGUCAAGACGAUACAUCUUGGAGAGGAUACCGAUAAUUUCACGAAGACUAGUGUGUUAGGCCUCAGCAAGUCCCAAGACGAAAAGCUAUUGUUUAGUGCGGGCACAGACUCGCUGGUAAGAGUGUGGUCUAUAGGAACAGUGCCCCAAGAUGAUAGCAUUGAGGCGAAGGAGCUGGUUACUAUUUACUCCCUCAUGGAUAUCGGGGACAUCUUUUCCUUGGCGUAUCUUGACGCGGAACAAACGCUAGUGUUCGGCUGUCAGAAUGCGUCUAUGCUAUAUGUUGACAAUUUCAUGGCUCGUAAGAUUCCCACUCGCUCGGCCAUAGACUUUGAUAAACUUCCGCACAGACGGUAUAACAAAUUUUUUGACUCAACUGGACCAGGCGGAGGAGGUGGAGGAGGUGGAGGAGGUGGAGGCGGCACAGGCGGCGCAGGUGGCGGCGUGAGUAAUCUUCCGUCUGUCCGAAGUGCUAGCUUUAUUUCACCCGAGGGUAACAACUUGAUACUACAGGUGCCGUCGGAAAAUAUCAUCACUUAUGCACACAAUGGCUUCAUAUACUCCAUUUGCCGGAUAAAUGGCCGCGGGACGUGGCUUUCUACGCAUUUCGAGCAAUACGCUACUGAUCCAAACGUUUCAUUUUUUGUUUCAAGUGCCGGCGACGGCAUCUCGAAGAUAUGGGCACUCUUGCCAUUGAAUUCACAAGAAAGAAGAGUUGGCCACAAGGUACAGCUAUUGACGGAGUUUGACAAUGAAGAGAGUGUGUUCUGCCAAUUCGUCGAAUACCCAUUUUUGUAUUGUGGUCUUAGCGGUGGAAUCAUUAAGAUCUGGGAUCUCAAUAUCAACCAACUUGUGACGUCGCUUAAAACACCAUAUGCGGAGGACAUUAUGUCCAUCACCGUGUACAAGGACAAUGUUUUUGCCACGCACAAGCAGGGCAUUACGCGGUUCCACCAAGGGAACGUGAACUUCUGGAAUGCUCACCAGGGACUCGUCUUGAGUAGCGAAAUAUUGCGCAAGAGCUGUACCAGUAAUCGUAUAGAUCGGAUGGUUACUGGCGGAAAUGAUGGGUCAUUAGCGUUGUGGAAUAUUAACGAAUGGCUGAACGGUACAGCGUCCCCGGGUGGAUCAGCCCCGACCGAAGAACACUCGCUUCCCUCUGGCGAGCGCCGAAAUUCUUGGACCGAGUAUCAACAAAUCCAGUUAGAUAACGAUCACAUGAUUGCAACACUGCGGGAAUUCAUUAGUUACCAGACUGUUUCCCAACUCCCAGAGCCCCAAAAUAUCAUCGAUUCGCGUAGGUGUGCGAACUUCCUGCAAAAUCUCUUCACUAAGCUCGGUGCUAACCAUUGUGGGCUUAUACCUGUCAGUACAGGCAGCAACCCGGUGGUUCUCGCGCAGUUCAAGGGCAAUGCAGCCGCGCCCAAACGCAUACUAUGGUAUGGCCACUACGAUGUGAUAUCCGCGGACCACCCGUCGCAGUGGGACAACGACCCCUUCACGCUCACUUGCGAAAAUGGGUAUCUUAAGGGAAGAGGCGUGUCUGAUAACAAAGGCCCGCUGCUUGCCGCCAUCUUCAGUGUAGCCGAGCUUUUCCAGAAAGGAUACCUGAACAACGACAUCAUCUUUCUAGUCGAGGGCGAGGAAGAAAAUGGCUCUCGCGGCUUCAGGGAAAUUUUGCUUGCCUCCGAAGGGCUUCUCAAUCAGCGGUGGGACUGGAUCCUGUUCAGCAAUUCCUACUGGCUGGAUCAGAAGGUGCCCUGCCUCAACUAUGGCCUCCGAGGCGUCAUAAACGCCGAAAUCACCAUAUCAUCCGACGAGCCCGACCGCCACUCCGGUGUCGAUGGCGGUGUCUAUCGCGAGCCUUCGGCCGACCUCAUCUGCAUCACCUCGAAGUUACAGGCCGAUGAUGGCACUAUCAGGAUCCCCCACUUCCACGACGCCGUCCAGCCCGUCACCGAGCAGGAGCGCCAGGACUUCCGCGAUAUCAUCAGCCGCGCCGAGAUCGACAACCGCACCACCGUCGAGCACCUCGUAGCAAAAUGGACCCAGCCCAGCAUCUCCUUCACAAAGUUCAACACCAGUGGCCCCGGUAACGCCACCGUCAUCUCCCAGCGUGCGAGCCUUGUCGUCUCCAUCCGUCUCGUUCCGCCCCAGGACGUCCGCACGAUCAAACAGCUUCUGAUCGACUACAUCACACAGAGCUUUGCCGCUCUCCGCUCGCGAAACCACCUGCACAUCUCCAUUCUCAACGAGGCCGAGCCAUGGCUGGGCGACCCCCACAACACCUGCUACGAAAUACUGCGCGAGGAGCUGCACGACACCUGGGGAAUUGACCCACUGUUCAUCCGCGAGGGUGGCUCCAUUCCCUGCAUCCGGUUCCUCGAGCGCCAGCUGAAUGCUCCCGCCGUCCAGAUCCCGUGCGGACAGUCAACGGACAAUGCUCACUUGGAUAACGAAAAUCUACGCAUCAAGAACUGGUAUAACAUGCGCGCCAUCUUAACCAAGGUAUUUAACAGACUAUAG